CUAACGGACCGGCAACGCUACGCAGCGGAUAACAGCUGAUUGUAAACAAAUGAAAGAAGCUUAUAAUUUAUUUAAUGGGUGGAAAAAGUUAUUAUUGUGAUUACUGUUGUUGUUUCAUGAAAAAUGAUCUGAAUGUGCGUAAAUUGCAUAAUGCAGGCAUUUCACACACAGCUGCCAAAGCAACCUACAUGCGCCGCUUUGAAGAUCCAAAAAAAAUAUUGGCUGUGGAGCGUGAGAAAAGGCCGUGCAAACGUUUCUUGGCUGGCUACUGUAGAUUUCAGCUGCUUUGCAAUUUCCGGCAUUAUAGCGAUAAGCAAAUGAAACAGCUCGAGAAAAUAGUGCGUCAACUGAAGAAGAAGCGUUCCAAGAAGAAAAAAAAUCCCCAGCUAACAAGAAAAUGUAAUUUGCCACCCUCGCUGCAACCUUUUGACAUAGAUAAGCUAAAUCAAACCAAUUGGAAUUUAAAUUGGGGCUAGCAUAAACAGAAAAGGCUAUUAAAAUAUGUUUACAACAAAAACAUCAGUUUUCUAUUACUCUAAGCA